AUGACGCUAGACUCCGUAUGGACUAGCAUUAUCCACCGUCCCGCGCGUGCAGCUGCCUCAGUCCACGCGCCUCGCGUUACUCCGCCCACCAAACGACGACGUCUUUCCCCAUCCCCCGGCUCCGGUGAUAUCGAUGAUGAUUCCAGCUUGCAAAUCGCGCGCGCACGAAAUGACAAGAAACUGAAAUCGGUCUUUGAAGGCAUCUUUGAGAAGUACGGAAAGGAUUUCAGCGAUGUAGGUGAUGAAAUUGACCUGCGGACUGGUGAAAUCAUUGUGAAUAAAGGCCAUGUAUCACGCAUGGAACACGAAGAUGACACCGGACAAGUUGCCCAAAUAUCGUCGCAAAGGAAUCAAAGCCCGCGGGGUCGGUCAAUGGAUGAUACGACGAAUGCAUUCACCGACAGUGACGAUGAACUUAUACCUGAGAGUGCAGUCAUUCUCGGGUCCUUGAUUACGGGCAGAUCGGAAAAUGGGGCCGAAUCUGGGGCCGAAUCACCAGACAUAGACGAUCAUGAGAUUGAGGCUUCCUCUCGGGCGGGUGAGGUCAUAUUUCCAGAUGCAGACAACGUAACUGUAGAAGGUAAUGAAACUGCAUUUUCUACUUUGAAUUUUCCUCGCAGACAAGAUGCGGUAUACGAGGUGAUCGUCGACCCCGCUUGGCAAGUCCCAGAGAUUGAUGCCAAAUUCUGGACGCCGCCAAAAAAACAAACGCCUCCCAAGCGAAAAUUGAACAUUACAGAUACGCGCGCGCCAUCCCCCCCAUCUGCAGGGUCUAUUUGGGCAAUCCGCACGCCAGGUAGACCGCGAGGCGCAAGCUCUAAGGCACAGAAGGGUUUGAUCAAGUCUUCCCCAAUCCUUCCUUCAAAGCGAAGACGAAGAAAGCCGGCAGUACUCGAUUGGAGUUUUGCUGAGGUCAGGAGUGAUGAAAGUGAUUCCGACGAUCCAUUACAGGAAGAGGCACCUUCGUCUACCAAUCGCUCGAUCAAGAUUCGUGCCCCCAGUAGUGUGUCUAUCACGCCAACACCGAGCAAAUCGGUACUGGUCGACAUGAUCAAAACUGGUUCAAAAAAAUCGCAGCAUUUACCCACGACUAAUCAAGUUGCAUCCAAGAAUAUUGAAGAAAUUGAGUCUAUACCCGGCACUCCUGAAGUAGCCUCUUCAAGUCCACAAACCUUCGAACCUACACCAACACAAAAAAAAUACGAUAAGCAACUCAGCUCGCCUACAAAGGUCAGACCGACAGAAUUUAUUCUCACACCAGACGAGGUUAAGUUAAUUGCACAAAUGAAGCCUGAAUCUGGUGACCAUAAUUGGGGUGAUAUCAUUGAACAUCUCCCUGGAAGAACAUUAGAUGAUCUUGAGGAAUGGGAACGGCGCCAUCCAAAUCUAUUCGACGGCAAUUAUUUCACAAAUGACGGUUGGUCACUGGAAGAGUUAGAAUUGUUAGACAAAUAUGCAGAUCAAUCAGGCAUUUGGUGGAAAGAUAUCCAGGCAGCGUUGCCAAAUCGAUCCAGACAAGAAUUAGAAAACCAGAUGAUCCGAAUAUGGGUUGAGAGGGAAGCCUGCCAGAAGGAAAACGAACAAUUUAGUUCCUCCGGGCGAUCGAUUGAAAGCCGAAUUGGAUAUUCCAGGCCAUCUCAGAGCAUAUACUCCGACGAAGAUGAUCCCGCAUUGAGGACUGGCGAUGUCAUGACCACCAAGGAUCUUGAAGAUCUUCUAGAAGAGGAAGAUUUCGGAGAAGAAUGGCCAGAAAUCUCGGCGAUAGAGGUAGAGCCACGGUCAGCUGAGAACGUUGCCGGGUCUCAACGCGGCUCACCUCGAAAGGGCUCGACAUCACCACGUAAACUAUUUUGA